UGUGUUAACGUUACACCAGUACUGUACACCAUGCAACCAGUGAGGAGUUUUGCAGUCUUCAUUGUCUGUGUCCUGUCAGUGACACAGGCACAGUUUCAGGUUCAGACAACAUGCUCGACAAACGUUGACUGCCUCAUCAGGGGAUGCUGCCGUGUGGAUGGAACGGUCGUCUUCCAUUGGGCAAGUGAUUUUGCCGUUACGGGCCAGUGUGGCUUGUACCUACAGGAGGGGGAGGAGUGCCGGACAGGGGUACCCUUCCAGUCGGUGUACGAUUGUCAGUGCGCCGACGGGCUGCUGUGCUUCCCAAACCCAGGUGGCUACGCGGUGGGGACCUGUCGUACACGGCAGUAUGUGGACGAUCACGGCGGUAUGGGCUUUCUGGACAUGUUUGACGGGAAAUAAAGAAAUAACUAGUCUGAGGGAUGGUCGCUCGGGCUGGUUUGACUGU